AACCUCUAAAUAUCGAUACAAUUUUUUGAAAAACCCUUAAUUCCCAUGCCUGCGCUGCGCAUGAAGAACAUGAUCAAUAACGCAUAAUAUCGCUGAAAUUCAUACGUAAUGCAGUGUGUGAUUUCUGAAGAAUUUUGUGCGCUCUGUGAAUCUUCGGCCCUUGUGACAAUUGACAAUUAGCAUAGGCAGGCAACUUAUCGCUAAUUUACCUACUUGCCUUCCUGUGCAUGAUGGAGAACAUUGAUAAGAGAAAAGAAGCAACGUACCAUGCAAGCAUAGCUGCAGGCUCAGUUGUUUGCAAGGACAUAAAACUUCUGGGCAUAGUUACGAUCGGAGCGCAAAACGUUGUUCACCCAAGAGCAUCAAUCCUCGCUGAAAAUGGUCCCAUCGUGAUUGGCGACGGAAACAUCUUUGAAGAGCAAACAGUCAUAAGAAAUAAACUUCCAAAAGAUGCUAGUGGACAACCCCAGACGCUCUUCAUUGGCAACAACAACAUGUUUGAAGUCAGCUGUGUAUGUGAAGCAAAAGCUGUUGGUGAUAAUUGUGUUCUUGAGGCCAAGUGUUACGUUGGACCUGAGGUUGAAAUUACUAAUGGAUGUUUUAUUGGUGCAGCCUGUAGAUUGACUCUUCCGGAAAAACUGCCUGAAAAUUUUUCAGUCUGUGGGACCAAUCACCUGCGGAAAAUUAUGUCAGACAAGCCACUUUCUUUAGCAUUGCAGAGAGAUCAUUUGGCCAAAGUAUUACCAAAUUACCAUCAUCUGAAGAAACCCAGACAAUCAUCUACGACAGAAGGCGUUAUCAUAAAGAAAGAACCGGAAGAAAGUUUGGUUUCCUAAGACAAAAACUCAUCCAUCAAUUUCAGGUGGUGUGUUUAUGCCAGUCCCUAACUUAAACACCAAACUAUUACUUUUUUGUUUUGUUUUGUUUUUUUUCUUAUCUUAUCAUGUAAAUAUAUAAUUUAAGGUACCCACUUGUGUUAAAAAUAUGAGGUAAUGUUAAGUUUGUAUUUUUUUAUAUUGAAACAAGUCUGCUAUUUUUUUUCGUUGUUGAUAUUUUUCCUUAAUAAAAAUUUACUCUUUUCUCAUUGA